UACGUGCACUGGAGUUGUAAAGUUUCCGUCACUCUCAAGUGUUUGGGAGAACGGUGCGCGUGAAGAAGGCAGCGGAGUGACAUGACAAACUUCUGACAGGAUUCCGACAGAUCAUGACGGAGGAAAACCAAAUUUCUGUGUGGGUCUGCCGCGUAGAGAAGCUUGUUUUGGGCUUGUCCAAGCGGACCAGCUGUGGAGAUGUGAUCCAGGUCCUUCUGAAGGAUCAGAGCCCGGAAAUGGGACUUUUUCACACGCCUCAGUCCUACUGUAUUGUGGAGAAAUGGAGGGGCUUUGAGAGGGUUCUGCCAAACAAGACAAAAAUCUGGCGGCUAUGGCUCGCAUGGGGACAGGAACAGAAAGAUGUGAAGUUUGUGCUAGUGAAGUGCGAUGCGUCCUCCUCCAGUCACGCUCCCCGAAGCGCAGAGGCGCGCGUGGUACGCAGCAAGCAGAGCCCGUGUGUUACCUAUGGGUCCAUACGUGGCCCAGUGGCAGUCUGUCCCGAGAAGCAACGGCGCAUAGUCAGGAAGGCCUUCAGAAAACUGGAGAAAAUCAACAAGAGGCGCGCGCGCAAAGACGCAUCGUGUGCAGAAAGAAUGGAGACUUUGGUGCACGUGGUCCUCUCCCAGGACCACACCAUCAGACAGCAGGUGCAAAGACUCGCGGAACUGGAUGCAGAAAUAGAACUGCGCGAGGCAAAAACGCACCUGGAGCGAGUUCAGCGGCACGGUGCCAACUACCUUCAGGAAACAUACCUAGUUAACUGUGACGCAGCGUGCGUCAAAACAGAGACUUAUUGCUCAACGAAAAUUAAACAGUUUGAAGACUACGUAAAAACAUGCGAGGCUCUCGUGAGGCUACACGAGGAAAUCAGUGAAUAUGAGGUUCAGAUUGACAGGCUGACCGAGCAGAUUCAGGCGGAGCUGCACCUGCGCUGGAUGCAACGGAAACAGCAGCAGGUGACCCCCAGGGCCAGCCUUUGCGAACCGAGUCUGCAAACAAGCCCCCUUUACGAAAGUCAACUGCUGCUAGAGGAGGAACAAAUAAAAACUCAAUUGGAAGCCAGCUGGUACAUCGGCCUGCGCCUGGAGACGGACUUAGAGUCUGUCCAGGGCGAUUUAGAACUCUCCGGGGACAUUUGUACCGCAAAAAUGAAGGAGAUAAGCGAUUUACUACAUAAAGUUGACCUAGCAGAUGUGCAAAACACCGAGGGAGAUGGUAGAGCUAGGGUGGUCAGUUUGGACAGUCAGGCGGAGUGGGUGGAGCAGGCCAGAGGACUUUCCAAAGCGCACGACAUAAACGACACCGAUUCAGACACGGGACUGAGCUCCCUGCACAGUCAGGACUCAGAUCAGGCUCAGUGGGAGGCCGUGGUGUAGACAGUAGUCUUAUGGUUAGAAGACACACUGCAUUUAGGCUAAUAGUAUUUGGUUUUGUACCUCUA